GGGGGAAUCGGCCUUUUCCGUCCUGGACAAAAUGUCUGCGAGGAGCCCGGAGGCGAGGGGCGACCGUCGCGGCGUCCGGACACUGCAGAAGGAAUCAAGAGUAAAAAGCCCCUGAAGACCAUCAUGGAAGACCCUGCCGAACAAGGCGGCCCCUGUCCUGCACCCGUGGGGCCAUCAUACUCCGAGGCCUGGGGCUACUUCCAUCUGGACCCGGCUCAGCCUAGGCACCGGAUGAUGAGCGCCUGGGCCACCUGCCGCCUGUGCGGGCUGCAAGUGGGCGGCCUCCCCAGCUUCCAGAUGUGGACGCGGGCGCUGUGGCGGCACCUGAGUGAUGUGCACCGGCCGGAGCUGAAGAAGAGCGCUGCUCCAAGCGCGCUGACCGCCACGCCCUGCCAGUCGCCGCCCGCCACGCCCUGCCCGCCGCCGCCCAGCCCCACCGUGGCUGCAGAGGGCGACUGGGCACGCCUGUUGGAGCAGAUGGGCGCGUUGGCCAUGCGGGGCAGCCGGCGCGAGCUGGAGCUGGAGCGGCGCGAGGCAGCCCUAAAGCAGGCAGAACUCGAGCUGGAGCGCAAGCGCCAGGCUCUGCAGCAGGAGGCACACUCCAUGGAGCAGGAGCGCCACCAGCUACAGGUGGAGCGUGAAGCAUUGAGUGAGUGGAUGAAGAAGCAGAGCCCGGGUGCACCGGUCCCGGCACCGCCCUCUCCCCUGCCUCUGCUCCCCAAGGAGGACCCUGACAUCCACGACGAUGACGACCGUGACGACGAUAUGGUCACCAAGGUCCUGCUGUAGCAUGACUGACCGCUCCAUGUGUAAACCUAACCAUAGGCUGCAGGCGCGACAGCGACCCCAAAUCCAGUAGCCUGGUUCAGGUACACCGGAUAGUCCUCACAGCUACCUCUUUGCAGUACUUUAGUCCUGAAGGCUUUUUAAGCCAGAAGGUUCUUUCAACACCAGAGACUCAUCACACCGCGAGCCUUUCAGGGGAAGGGGCAUGGUUAUUUAUCCAGGAACCUGGUCCACUCUUUUCCAGAUGUAUACUCUAGACUUGGCACCACCAUGUUCCAGAAAGGAACCUUGAGUAUCGCUGACUCCCUGGCUUCCUGCCUUGAGCAUCGAUAGAACCCUACCUUGGACCAGUCCCAAAGAGACCCCCUUUUUGUUCCUGUCCCUCAUGAGGCUUACCCAAGGCAAUGAGCACCCUUUAUUUACUUAAAUCAUCUUUGCCUGGAUCAAACCCCGCGACAGGUAUAUUCUCCCAUUUUCUUGUCUUGCAUCUUGACACCUUACUAGCAAGAUAUCGGCCACUAGGGAGAAUAGUUUCUUUCCCCACAGGUCCCCACAGACCUCCCCCUGAACCAAAGAAAAACCAAGGCCGCCCCCCCCCCCACUGCCUUAGAAUCAACCCCUAUCUCAUUCCCUCCCUCCCUCCCUCCCUCCAGCCCGGUCCCCCGCAAUGCCUCCUACCCCUGAAAGUCAAGACGACCUCGUUGCCCACACUUGCCACUUUGCAUUUCACCAUGUUUGUCUCAUGUCCUAUGCAUGCUAAACUACCAUCCAGAAGCCACACAUGGCUUCCCCAGCCCUGACAUAACUUCUGAAGCCCCUUUGUGUGGAGGUGGACCAUGCUUUUCUAAAGGCUUUUGUUUUGAGGUAAGGUCUUUUUAAGGUAGAUUAAACGCAAAUGCCUUUUUUAUGAGAAGUUUGGAAGGGCAAUCUGACCAUUAUAUUUUAUAAAAUCCAAGUACAUUCUAGGACAAAUCUCUGCAUUUGAUUUGGGAAAAAUGUUUUCUAUGACCGACGUGAAAUAUAACACUAGCAGAUUAAUUUCAUGAAAUACUUGUAGUUUUGCACCACUCCAUUUUUUUUUUAAAUAAAUUUUUAUUUAUAUGCA